UCAAAGAGUAAGAGAAGAUGGAAGAAAAGUAACAAAAAGUAAAAGAAAUGGGGGAACGCCAACAUGACACAAGUUAAUAACUGGUGAAUGAAGAUGGAUUUAUAUGACUGGCAGUAUCAGGUUUGUGUGCUGGAGAGGCAAAUAUUUGACUUCCUUGGAUAUCAGUGGGCACCUAUCCUGGCAAAUUUUGUACAUAUUAUUAUCGUCAUUCUUGGUUUAUUUGGAACUAUUCAAUAUAGACCUCGUUACAUAAAAGGAUAUGCUGUCUGGCUAGUCCUCUGGGUUACGUGGAAUGUGUUUGUUAUCUGCUUCUAUUUGGAGGCUGGGGACCUCUCAAAGGAAACAGACCUUAUCCUGACUUUUAAUAUUUCAAUGCACCGAUCUUGGUGGAUGGAGAAUGGACCAGGAUGUACGGUGACAUCAGUGACACCUGCCCCAGACUGGGCCCCAGAAGACCAUCGCUACAUCACGGUCUCAGGGUGUUUUCUGGAGUACCAGUACAUAGAAGUGGCUCAUAGUUCCCUCCAGAUUGUCCUCGCACUGGCAGGGUUCAUCUACGCCUGUUAUGUUGUGAAAUGUAUAACAGAAGAAGAGGACAGCUUUGAUUUCAUAGGUGGCUUUGAUUCUUAUGGCUAUCAAGGGCCUCAGAAGACGUCUCAUUUACAACUACAGCCUAUGUACAUGCAAAUUCCCUUGGAUAACAACUGA